CACUGGAUUAUGACGGUAUACAUCUUCUUUCACGCGUUUGCGAUCUACGAGGGCGGCCGGGAGCCACAAUACUAUUAUACGUACGCGGGACAGCACGCCGAGGCCGUUCAGACCGCGUUUCUGAUCGCCACGCUGAUCACUGUCGACAUCGUCUUGAUAUACAGACUAUGGAUGGUCUGGAAUCGACACAUCAUGGUCGUCGUUCUCCCCAUACUCUCCCUCGUUGGUCUCUUAGUCGGCGGUACAUUCCAAGUCUACAGUUUCGCAGCCGCAAACGUCAAGGGCGGCGCGAACGACCCGAACCUCGCGCGGUGGAUCUUGGCGAACUGUUCUUUCAUCCUGACUACCAACGUCUAUUGUACAACUAUGAUAGUGUGGCGCGUAUGGCGCACUAAAAGGGACACGGUUCAA